AUGUCUCCAUUCACUUUCCUUGACAAGUCACGAGUACAAACACUAUGGCUUCUCCAAAUUCCUGUUCUCUGCACGAGGCUCAUGAGGGCAAAACCACCAUCGAGAGAUACAUCUGCGACUCUGACCCUUACCGGUCCACGACUGCCGAUUCCACUGCCUUUUCCUUUGGCUAUGGAGAGCUCUUCUGAGCUUGAGCUUCGUCUCCGUUUUCUGCAGCUUCAGAUUCACCAGGACUUGAGAGACAAUGGACUCUCCAGCGAGACCCAUGUGAUUCCUUACAUGUGCUUUGUUGUUCGCAAUCCUACCAAACCAUCCGAUCGUGAUGAUCUAUUGAGGAUGUCAAACAUGAGAUCAUCGACAUUCUUCGCCAGAAUAUACCCUCCGAGUGGCAUCUUUUCUAUGUCUUCCGGCGAACUGGUCACAAUUAAACCUAGAGACCAAGUCUAUUAUCUUCAACAAAUCCGGGCAGUCUCUCAACUUGCAUUUCUUGCCUGGAGAUAUUCCCUUCCUCAAGUCGCCGGGUGUCUCUUUCCUGAAACAGAAUGGACACCCCCCGGAUGCCCGCGAUGGGCGAUUCUUUGGGACUCAAGAGGUGAUGACAAGGCGGGCACACUUGGAGGCUACGUUACUUGGUCACAAGAUGGGAAGACAAUCAAGUGCGCCCUCACAAACUAUCACGUGGUGCGUUAUAGGGUGGAAUUGAUGGGACCUAGUGGCAAGGCCUUCUUGGACCAGUCCGGAGCGUCGCCCACGUCACGACCAGGGGUAAACAUCACCGUUAAGACUUUCGCCGAUGUGGAUCGUCAGACGAGCUUAGCGCAAGCCAAUAAUACCGUGAAGGGGCUACGCCACCAGCUCUCUAUAACGCAAGAAAACAUCAUCAAGCGCGAGUCCUCCGGCAUGGAUCCACUGCUCCACCACCUUGACAUUUUAAAGAACAAUCAGCAGACCUUUGAAAGGUUGGGGCAGAAGCGGAGCAUACUCGAGGCAAUGCCGAAAAAAAUUGGGGACGUGAUUGCCACGUCCGGCAAGGCGGUUUUGGGAAAAUGGCUAAUGGACUGGGCAUUGAUCAGACUGGACGAAGAAACUGAACAAUAUUUUUCCACGAACAAAAUGUUCUCCAUUCCAUGGAUUCAAUACCCAGUAGAUUAUGGUGUCGUGGCACAUCCCAUGCAGCCCGGUUUCCCAAUCACCGAAUUCGGGUCCCUCAAAGAGGGAAAUUGGUACACAAAACUGGGCCGAACAUCUAGUGUGACUACUGGUCAUAAGGGGGAGGCGUUGCGAGAGCAGACCUGCUUCGCUGAUAACGGCGAUUCUGGCUCGUUUGUCCUGGACCACGAUGCUUGCGUCUGUGGUCUCCUUUAUGGAGGCAUGCCCAGUUUCUUCGACCGCAAUCGGUACUUCGCAAAUGCCGGUCUGGUGAUGAACAUACCCGAUCUUACCGAGUCCAUGAAGCUCGAAACCAUGGCUAGAGAUGGCAAUGGUCAGGUUUGCUCUGCUGGUGUCCUCGGCCAUUCUGACUAUGAACGGGGCUGA